UGAGGAGUGAAGAGAAUGGGGGGGAUCGGGUAUAUAGAUGCUCGCUUGGGUGUCCAGCUGUCAGUAAACAAUCCGUGUUGGCAGCGGUAGUGUGCGGAGUGUCUCAGCAUGGCCAGCCCUAGGACGCGGCGGGCACUGGCGGAGGUCAGGCCCAGGGACGAGAACACUCAAUGUUUUGAGUGCGGGACACACAACCCUCAGUGGGCUUCCGUCACCUAUGGCAUCUGGAUCUGCCUGGAAUGUUCAGGCAAGCACCGCGGCCUUGGGGUUCACCUGUCCUUUGUGCGCUCCAUCACCAUGGACAAGUGGAAGGACAUCGAGCUGGAGAAGAUGAAGGUUGGUGGCAACAAGCGAGCCAAGGAGUUCCUGAAGGGGCAGUCUGACUAUGAUCACCACGCACCCUUCCAGCAGAAGUACAACACUAGAGCAGCUGCUUUGUACAGGGACAAGAUCACAGCGUUGGCUCAGGGCAAGUCAUGGAGCAUAGAGACCUCAACUGCAGCCACCCGCUCCUCUACCAUCUCCAAGUCUACCUCAACACCUUCUUUUAAGUCUUCAGGUCAAAAUAUGUUUGCAUCUAGUGGGGGGAGUAAUUACAGUGGAGGAGGAGGAGGAGGAGGAGGGUACCAGGACUUUCAGGGAGGCUACCAGAAUGGUGGAGGCUACCAGGACCCCAGCAUCAAGAGCCAGACAGAAUCCUUCUUUUCCAGGAUCCAGGAGGAGAACGCUUCCCGUCCUGAUAACCUGCCGCCAUCCCAAGGAGGCCGCUACUCAGGCUUCGGCAGCUGUCCCAACCCUCCCCCCAGGAGUACUUCCACCGAGUUCUUUGACACCGCCAUGUCCUCCCUCUCCACGGGAUGGUCUUUGCUGUCCAUAGGAGCCAACAAAGUGGCUGGGAAGGCUGUGGAAUAUUCCUCUAUCGCCAGUGAGAAGGCCACGGAGUACUCCCAGACCAUCUCAGAGAAGAUCCGUGACGGGAAACUGAUUGAUGAAAUCUCGUCCCAGGCAACUGUCCUCGGCUCAAAGUCAUUGGAGAGCAUCACCUCUGCCGUGUCUGCCCUAGCCGGGGUGGAAAGGGUUGAUGAGGAGGUGGAGCAGGCUGAGGUGAGCGAGGUGUCCCGCCGAGGGUGGAACGAAGCAUCCCGUGCCUGGGGCAGCGGCGGAGCGGGGAUGGGAACACUCAGCCUCACGGGGGGCUCCGGUGGGCCUCACGAACGCUCCUCCCUCCUGCUGGGGCCGGGUGAAGGAUACCAGCGCCUCGACAACAACAGUGGAGGCAGUGUGCAGAACCCCUCUGACCCUGACAACAGCACUGACACUGGCCAUGACGGUGGUGAUGAGAAGGCUGGGGGUGAAAGUUGCAGUGUGGAGUCAAAUGAUGGCUGGGGAGACGACACGUGGACCAGCGACUGGGGCAACAGCAGCCAGCCCAACUCACCCACACUGACCAAACAGGACUCAGCAGAAACAUCUCCCAACGCUCGGGUCUCCAAGAAAAAUGCCAACAAUGCCAGCAAGAAGAACAAAAGCUCUACUAAAAAGGAAGGGAAGGCAGAGCAGGAGUUGCUGGUGGACGUAGGCGGCAGCGGCGGUGGCAGCGGGAAAGGUCACACCUGGGACAACUGGGACGAUGACUGGGAGAAGGUUGAUGCUCAGUGACCAGUGACACCCAGUGAGCCUUGCCGUGUGCUGUCAGGACAAAAGAUGGAAUGAAAACAGUGUUAAGUAAGCAUUGAAGUGCCGAGUGAAUAUCUACAGUAAGAGUAAAAGGUCUGAAUGAACUGAAUAUGUCAUGUAGAGUUUAUAUAUACAUACAUUAUUUUUUUAUAUUCAUUGUACAAGGUGAAGGACUUAGUAUUAAUUCUAUUUGAAAAUUUAAAUUGCUUUGUUCAUUAUCAUAGCAGCCAGAAUUGAAAAAUAACUCAGGCUAUCACCAGUAAGAGUCCUCUAAAAAAGAAAAGGUACAGAAGCUACACAUAGUGAGAAAAGUAAUGCCAGUAUUGUCAUUGAUAAUGAUCAAAAGACUACUUGAAGGAUUUUAGUGUCGUUUGCAUAUACUCUGUGGUGGGAGGUGCUGGCGUUGACGGCUUUGGCAACGCCGCAGCAGGUGAAAGCUGAGUGGGUGGCCCUUAAGGUGUGUGUACAUUACAAAUAGUAAUAUUUUUGUUAUGAAGAUGAUGUUGCUUGCAGACUUUUGUAAAUGGAUUAUGAAGUUUAUGAAUAUGUGGUGCAAUUUCUUAUAAUUAGUUGUAGUAUAGCAAAAUAUAUUUGAUGUAUAAAGUAGUUAUUUAAAGGGAGUUUUAGUAUAUAUAUAUUCUUUGACAAAAGAAAUGAGCCAGCCAAUGUAAGUUGCUGCCAUUAGUAUUUUUAGGAUGAAAUUUUAAUUGUUUCUUACACAUAUUGUGACGUUUAUAGCAUCCUUAACUUAGUUUAUAAUUUUAUUUAGUUGUAAUUUAUUUAUUAUAUUUGUUAAUCAAGAUCACUUUCUAGAAUUAAAGGUUGUGGGGAGCAUCUGAUAACAGGCAUUGCAGGAAUCUGCUGAUUAAAACUUCAUAGCCAUCACUAUAUUUCUCUUGUGUGUUCGUCCCACUCACUUUAGACCCAAACUUUAAAUUUCCAGAUCAUUACGAUCCACACAGUAACACAAACCUUGAGAAGCCUGGUAAGCACAAAGCAUUACAUAAUAGCCAUCAAUUAUUAACACAUGAAGUCCAUUCCUACUGCUAUGUGGUGACUAUUUUUGUACUCAUCAGUAGAAAAAUUAGCAUUGCAUUGGCAUCAUUAUGCCAAGCUUAUUAAGAAUCAAUUCAACUCUCAAUUACUUUUGAUUCAUUGAUUAUUUGUCAUCUUCAUUAUUUCUUACCUGUUCGUUCACAAGUAUCUUUUCAUUAUUUUCCUUUUUUUUCCCAUAGAUUGGAAGAGUAAAGAAUGAGAUAACAUUACUAUAAACAGAAGGAAAUAUAGGAGGUAUAUGAAGUGCCAUGAGGACUGUCCAGCAGGUGAGCCUCACAUAAGUUGUUAGCUUGAUCAUUCAUUAUAUAGAUAUUACCCUGUGUGUGUGUGUGUGUGUGUGUGUGUGUGUGUGUGUGUGUGUGUGUGUGUGUGUGUGUGUUCUUACAUCCAUUGUCUGAAUAAAAGUGUAUUGCAGGAGUUCCCAUAAUGAGGUGUUUUUUUGUUUUUUAUGAUCAGCUUAAGUUUGAAAUUGCCACACAGAGUAUUAUUUUUCACAUACAUCUCAUUCUCCACCACUUGAUGGGAGUCUCUUGGUGCGAGGAUGAUAAGCCUCUUAGAGACAGUGAGGGACUGUGAAGCAGAUGGUUUUAUAAUCUAGCUUUAGUGUAGCUUGAAGCUUCAGUGUCUUUCUUUUACCUUCAUAGGAGAAGAAGUUUUCUGAGAUUUGGAUUCCUAUUCCUGCUUAUUCAUAAAUAUUCUUUGCAGAGAUGGCAUUUUUCGGUUUUUAUUUUUAUUAAUUUCAUUCAUUCAUUUACUGGUGUUCAUUUAUUUCAAGUUAGUCAUUCAUUCUUGGGAGUUUCUAGGUUGUUUUUGUCUUUUUUUAUGUGAAAGGCUAGGUUUUCUAUUAGUAGGUCUGUUGAUUAAUGCUCAAGCCUCUUAUUUACGGGGCAGAGAGGGUUUAUUCUAUGGGAUAUGUAUUCAUGUUCCUUCAUUUAUUUAAUUACUUUAUUCUUUAGGGGCUACUCAGGCACCUCAGUAGCCUGCUGUUGAGUAUGAACUGGAAAGCACUUGGCUUAGGCCUGAGAUGAAUAGUAGACUGAUGUGGUUUUAGGGAUAAGCAGUAUGAUGAUUGUUGGUGUUGGACUAGUGAUUACAGAUAUAUUGCAGGCUAGUCAGCCAGAAAACAUCAGCAGCCAUUAAUAUGUUGGAUUAAAAAUUAAAGGCUCUUUCAUAACAAUAGCGAUGAAUUCUGCAAAAUGCAGUAUGCGAAUGUCUUGCAGUUGGGAAUUCAAUAUUUGUUCCAAGACCCUCAAGAUUCAAUUAUUUUUUACCUGCUAAAAGGAUCUUAUCUUUCUAAAGAAAUACCUCUACUAAUAGUAUGAAAUACGUCUCUACAUUAUUAUAAGUAUAUCAAAACUUAUGAUGAACCUAACUGUCAGUAAUCAUUUAAGAAUCUGAAGUCAGAAAGGUUUAAUUUUGCUAAAGGAGGACCUUCACAAUAAUGUGAAACCAGUUCAGGUGUGACCAAAGUCACUCCAGUGUAUGAACCUGGUCUUUGACAUUCAGACCAAAGUGCUGCGUCCUCCCAUGUGUCCAUUGCCUCCUGAAAUUUGACUCAACACUGUUUGUACUGGCAGCUCAGGAGCUCUUUGUAGAUGUCAUUCCUAGUCUCUCAACCUCCGUUUCUAGCCAUCAUUAAAGCCCUUGAUUUGAAGCAGUAAAGCAGCAACCACUCUCUUGACUAGAACUGUUCACUGGUAGGAUGCAGUCAGGGAUUCCAGGCACAAGCAAACACAUGUGUGACUUUUAGGUCCAAUAAGUUUGAGGGUGCAAUUUAUGGUCAGUGAGCUGCUAAUAAGCUGCUGUCACAACAGUAGCAGUGUUUUUCAUUGAUAGCACAAAGAUUUGCAGGCAUCUUGCAGUGUAAUAGCUGAUGUGUCAAGUGUUUGUGCAGUGAGACUCCACUCCGGCUCCUAUACUUGCCUUCUCAGAAGCAUGGAGUGAGUGCUGCUCACCAUGUUCUGGCCUUGUCUCAUAAUAUUGUAUCUUAUACACAUGUACUUUUUGAGGCUGUUUUAAUUGUUGGUUUUUAAUAUGCCACCUACUUGUGUGGUCUUCUUUUAUUGUAUUUACAUAAAUCAUUCAUAAAUACCUGAAUAUUUUCAGGCUAAACUAAGAUAUAUUUUUGCUUGAAGCAUCGACAUAGGUACCACACAUAUUUAUUUGAAGUGUUUUGUAAUUCAAUAUUGGCUAUUUCUAUCAGAAGAACUAGAUUACCUUUGUUCCUUAUUGUCCUUAGUAAACCUGCAAAAGUUA